AGGCUGGGACAGGGUGAAAUGGCAGCUUCUUCCUCGUCCUCUUCAGCCGGUGGAGUCAGCGGCAGUUCUGUAACAGGAUCGGGGUUCAGCGUUUCGGACCUGGCGCCACCCCGAAAAGCCGUCUUCACUUAUCCCAAAGGAGCCGGGGAGAUGCUGGAAGAUGGCUCCGAAAGAUUCCUCUGUGAGUCUGUUUUCAGCUAUCAGGUUGCAUCUACGUUAAAGCAAGUGAAACAUGAUCAACAAGUCGCACGGAUGGAAAAACUAGCCGGGCUGGUGGAAGAGCUGGAGGCAGAUGAGUGGAGGUACAAGCCAAUAGAGCAGCUCCUGGGAUUCACUCCCUCCUCGGGCUGAACAUGUCUGGAUCGCUGCUGUCAGGGAGCAGAAGGAAAACAUUUUCUGGCCUGGCUUCAAAACACACCCCCAUUUAUCAGGAUGCUGACAGCUGCACCGGCAGGACUGGGCUUUCAAAAAAAAAUUUUUUUUAAGUUGAGAGUGGGGAUCCCCCAUGAAGCUGCCAGUAGAUGGAA